GGCCCAGCUGGGUUUGGGAGUGGCUGAGUAGAUGGGGAAGGCUCUGGGGGGAUUUUCUGGAUCCUUUUACUCAUGUUCUCUGAGUUGGUGGUACCAGAUGUGCUCCGUGUGGGAUUGCAUCCCGUGUGCCCAGGACUCUCCCUUUCUCCAGGAAGAGCUGAAGCCCAGAAGUCCUCACCAUGGAUUUCCAGCACCGCCCUGGGGGUAAAACGGGCAGCGGUGGCGUGGCCUCGGCCUCCGAGAGCAACCGGGACCGGCGGGAGCGGCUGCGGCAGCUGGCUCUGGAAUGGAUUUCGCUCAUAACUUGUCAAUCAUUCUUUUCUCAGGACCCAUAUUUUAUGAAAAAUCAUCUGGGCUCCUACGAGUGCAAGCUCUGCCUGACGCUCCACAACAAUGAGGGGAGUUACUUAGCACAUACCCAGGGGAAGAAGCAUCAGACCAAUUUGGCCCGACGAGCAGCCAAGGAAGCCAAGGAAGCCCCUGCCCAGCCUGCCCCAGAGAAGGUCAAAGUGGAAGUGAAGAAAUUUGUGAAAAUUGGGCGCCCAGGCUACAAAGUGACCAAACAGAGAGACCCAGAAACAGGCCAGCAGAGCCUUCUCUUCCAGAUCGAUUACCCCGAGAUAGCUGAGAGCAUCAUGCCCCGGCACCGCUUCAUGUCGGCCUACGAGCAGCGCAUCGAGCCCCCGGACCGGCGCUGGCAGUACCUGCUGAUGGCAGCAGAGCCCUAUGAGACCAUCGCCUUCAAGGUGCCAAGCAGAGAAAUUGAUAAAGCAGAGGGAAAGUUUUGGACUCACUGGAACAGAGAAACCAAACAGUUCUUCCUUCAAUUCCACUUCAAGAUGGAGAAGCCC